AUGCCUUCCGUCCGUUUUUCCUUGACCCCUUUUCUUAGGGGGGGCUUGCCCUUCGCGCUUGCCUGCCUGCUUGCCUGCCUGCCUGCCUUCCUACCUGCCUGCUUGCCUGCCUUCCUACCUGCCUGCCUGCCUGCCUUCCUACCUGCCUGCCUGCCUGCCUUCCUACCUGCCUGCCUGCCUGCCUUCCUACCUGCCUGCCUGCCUGCCUUCCUACCUGCCUGCCUGCCUGCCUUCCUACCUGCCUGCCUGCCUGCCUUCCUACCUGCCUGCCUGCCUGCUUUCCUACCUGCCUGCUUGCCUGCCUUCCUACCUGCCUGCCUGCCUGCCUUCCUACCUGCCUGCCUGCCUGCCUUCCUACCUGCCUGCCUGCCUGCUUUCCUACCUGCCUGCCUGCCUGCCUUCCUACCUGCCUGCCUGCCUGCCUUCCUACCUGCCUGCAUGCCUGCCUUCCUACCUGCCAUGCCUGUCUGUCUGCCGUGCGUUGUGCCCUUCAGGCUGGUGGCGAUGCUAGAGGGAAUGGGGGGGGCGGAGGGGGAAGAGGGGGCGUGGGGCGCGGAGGAGGUGCAGCAGGCGGCGGCGGCGGUGGGCAGUUUGGCGUGCGGGCUGCCGGAGGGCGUGCAUGCCGUGCUGGCUGCUGGGGCCGUGCUGCCGCUGCUGCGCUGCUUGCUGCACCCCCAUGCCAAGGUGGUGGAGGCAGCUGCAAGGUCACUGCGUUUGAUCUUCCAGUCCACUCAUGUGCUGCCACGUGGCAGCACUGCUGCAGGCGAUUGGCUUUCCCCUGCCCUCAGCCUGCUGCCGCCCCUACUCGCCUCCCCCAACGAGACAGUCGCAGAGGUGGCAGCGUGUGGGGCAGCGAGUGUGGCAGCGAGUGGGGCAGCGAGUUUGGCAGCGAGUGUGGCAGCGAGUUUGGCAGCACACUGUGUGCACUCACCGCAGCAGCAGGCAGCUCUUGGGGCGCCUCAAAAGCACCCCCCUCCCCCUGUCCCCACCCCUCCACCCCCCAACUCCACACACCCCCCCACUAGGUGGCAGCCAGUGUGCCAGCACACUGUGUGCACUCGCCACAGCAGCAGGCAGCUAGCAGCGGCAGGUGGGCUGCUGUCGCUCACACGCCUGCUCUCCUCGUCGCCCCGCUGCACCGAUGCUGCUCUGCUCGCCCUCGCAGCAGUUGUCAGGGGCAACCGGCAGCAGGCCGCUGCUCUUGUAGACAUGGGCGGGGGAGCAGCACUGGCGGCGGUGGUGAGUCUGACGCGCCAUCCAUCGCCCGCCACACGGCUCAACGCGUGCCGCUGCCUGCUGCACGUCGAGGCAGCCCUCUGGCCGCACGGCGGUGCCAUCACUGCCGUGCCGCGCUCCUUCCUCCAGCACCCCGCUCCCGCCCUCGCUGCCCUGCCUGCUCCUGCAACCACCGCUGUUCCACCUGCCACCACCGCUACUGCCCCUGUCUGUGCUGCUGGCGCCCCAUCCCCUGCCACAACAGCUGCAGCAGCGGCUGCGAGGGGGAGGGUUGAGCGGGUUGCACGCAGCAGCGGCAGCGGCAGCGCAAGCAUUGCCAGUGAUGGGAAUGGGAGGGCGGGUGGGCGUGGGGGUGGAGUGAAACGGGAUGCAUGGGGCGGGUUGAAGGCAGGCGGGAUGACCAAGGGCGAUCGGAGCACGUGGUUGCGACAGCAAGGGCACGAGCAGGCGGCGUGUGGGCGGGAGAGUGAAGAGGGGCGGGCACAGCAUGUGGUGUGUGGGGCGCUUUUGUCCCCUCGCACAGGGGCCCACGCGCCUGCCACCGUGCCCACACCUGCUACUACUGCCAGUGGCGAGAAGCUGAUGCGUGUGGGGGUGGGUGUGGGCAUGGGAGUGGGCGCGGGGGCGGCAGCGGCGGUGGAUGUGAACGUGGCGGCGGUGGUGCUGGUGGCGCUCAUCAACCUGCUGCCUCUUCCUGACCAAGUCAGCCCCUCUCUGCUCUGCACCUCCGCACUCUGCUCACGCCGCCUCCGUUCCUUGUUGCUCCUCCAUACCGUUUACACCUCCUUCCCUUUGAUGCGCCUCCAUCCACCAUUCCUGCCGUUCCCCUGGUACGCUCACCAUUUGGAAUGCUCUCCAGCUGUCCUUCAUUUCUGCAACCUCUCCUUCCCCUCUGCAAACCCCUCCCAAUGCCCCCUGCAAGCAAGCCCUCUUCUCUUCCCUGUCUUCCUCCCCCCUCCCCUCUCCCCACUAGGUGGGCGAGCAGGCGCCAAGGCUACUGCAGCAGCUGCUGGGCGGCAGGGAGGACGUGCAGUGGGCGGCCCAUGCGGCCUCUGA